UUUCUCCAGCCUCUAUCAGAACAUCAAACAGGUAACCGCAGGUUGAGAACAAUUGCCUUUCUGAUGGCAGCUGCACAGCUCACCCUGCUCUGGGCUGUGUGUCUGCUGCCGGGACCCUUAGCCCUGCCGCUGCCUCCAGACGCAGCCAACAUGAGCCAGCUGCAGCGGAAACAGGCCCAGGACUAUCUUGAGAAAUUUUACUCUGGUGACUCCAAAACAAAAGAGAUCAGCAGUUUAGCGGCCAAACUCAAGGAGAUGCAGAACUUCUUUGGUUUGCCUCUAACUGGGAAACUAAACCCUCACAUCAUGGAAAUAAUGCAGAAGCCCAGGUGUGGAGUGCCAGAUGUUUUAAAGUACUCACUAUUCCCAAAUAAACUCAAAUGGCUUUCUAAAGACAUCACCUACAGAAUCGUGUCAUAUACGUCAGACUUAUCACGCAGAACCGUGGAUAAAAUCGUGGAAAAGGCUUUCAGCAUGUGGCAUGAGCAAAUCCCACUGAACUUCAGGAGAGUUAGGAUGGGGCCUGCAGAUAUCAUAAUCAGCUUCGAAACGAAAGAUCACGGAGAUGGAUCCCCAUUUGAUGGGCCAGGAAACGCAGUAGCUCAUGCUUUUGGACCUGGGCCAGGACUAGGGGGAGAUGUUCACUUUGACAACGAUGAAUACUGGACUGUGAGCAACGAGAUAGGUCCAGAAAGAAAUAACUAUGGAUGAGUGAGAGUUGGAUGUUAUUUUCAUAUGG